CCAAUGUUAAAAUUGAUGUGAGUUAAGGUGUGUUGGAGUAAGACACUUCAAAAUGUCGGGUAUUGCUGGGACGAGUGCGAGAGAUACAGAGAUCAGGCUGCCCAGAGCCACCAAAGUAAAAAACAAACAGCCGGCAUCUCAGCAGAUCACUGCUGAACAGAUUCUUCGCGAGGCCAAGGAGCUUCAGGAGCAGGAUUUCAAGCCGCCAAAGCAGAAGAUCACAGACCAGACCGAGCUAGAUGAAUACCGCCUGCGCAAGCGCAAGGAGUUUGAGGAUCUGGUUCGCCGCGUGCGCUGGAACUCCAGCAUUUGGGUGAAGUAUGCACAAUGGGAGGAGGGCCAGAAGGACUUCAGAAGGGCUCGCAGCGUGUGGGAGCGGGCCUUGGGUGUCUCAUACACCAACCCCACCACCUGGCUCAAAUAUGCGGAGAUGGAGAUGCGGCACCGCUUCAUCAACCAUGCGCGCAAUGUCUGGGACCGCGCUGUCUCCCUGCUCCCCAGAGUCGACCAGCUGUGGUACAAGUACAUCCACAUGGAGGAGAUGCUGGGGAAUGUGCCGGGCGCCAGGCAGAUCUUUGAGCGCUGGAUGGCUUUCGAGCCGGACCAUCAUGGCUGGAUGGCCUACAUCAAGAUGGAGAUGAGGUAUAAGGAGAUGGACCGGGCGCGCAACAUCUUUGAGCGCUACGUGCGGUGCAUACCCACGGUAAAGUCGUGGGUGCGCUUUGCCAAGGCGGAGAUGAAGGAGGGUGAGGUGGCCCGCGCACGCUGCUGCUACGAGCGCGCCGUUGAAGAACUUGGCGAGGACGCUCAGACGGAAGAGCUCUUCAUCAAGUUUGCAGAGUUUGAGGAGAAGUGCAAGGAAAUCGACCGCGCGAGGGCCAUCUACAAGUAUGCCCUGGACCACAUCCCCAAGAGCCAAGCGGACACUGUGUACCAGCGCUUUGUCGCCUUUGAGAAGCAGCACGGAGACAGGGAAGGCAUUGAGGAUGUGAUUGUGAGCGAGAGGAGGUUUCAGUACGAGGCGGAUGUGAAGCGGGAUCCCUUGAACUAUGACUCCUGGUUUGACUACAUCCGCCUGGAAGAGUCUGCUGGGCAGCCUGACCGGGUGAGGGAAGUCUACGAGAGGGCGAUUGCAAAUGUGCCACCAGCAGCGGAGAAGCGGUAUUGGCAGCGGUACAUCUACCUCUGGAUAAACUACGCGCUGUGGGAAGAGCUGGAAGCGGAGGAUCCUGCGCGGACUCGAGAGGUCUACAAGGCCUGCCUCGACCUCAUGCCCCACAAAGCCUUCACCUUUGCAAAGAUCUGGAUCAUGGCGGCGCACUUUGAGGUGCGGCAGAGGCAGCUGGGCGCGGCGAGGAGGCUGCUGGGCCGCGCGAUCGGGGUGUGCCCCAAGGCAAAGCUGUUCCGGGCCUACAUAGAGCUGGAGCUGCAGCUGGGCGCCAUCGAGCGCGUGCGCACGCUGUACGCCAAGUUCCUGGAGUGGGCGCCCGCCAACUGCGCGGCCUGGUGCAAGUUUGCUGACCUGGAGCGUAGCCUGGGGGAGCUCGACCGCGCGCGCAGCAUCUUCGAGCUCGCCAUCGCGCAGCCCCUCCUCGACAUGCCCGAGGUCCUCUGGAAGUCGUACAUCGAUUUUGAGAUCGCGGAGGGGGAGAGGGAGCGGACGCGCGCGCUGUACGAGCGGCUGCUGGACCGCACGCGCCACGUCAAGGUCUGGAUGAGCUACGCCGCGUUUGAGGCCGCGCCCCUGCCGCUGCCCGAGGACGACGACGAGGACGCUGCUGUCGCUCGCCAGCGCGCUGCGCAGUCCAGCGCCGAGUCCCCCGCCAGCCGCGACGUCCAUGCGCGCGCGGUGUAUGAGCGGGCGUAUCAGAGCCUCAGAGAAACGCAGCCGGACGCCAAGGAGGAGGCGGUGAUGCUGCUGGAGGCCUGGCGAGCGUUUGAGGCGGAGGCUGAGUCGCACGGGGAGGCGCAGCGCGUGGCAGCCAUCACGGCAGUUGAAAAGAGAAUGCCCAAACGCGUCAAGCGGAAGCGGCCGAUCAUUACGGAGGAUGGGGCAGAGGCAGGCAUGGAGGAGUACUUUGACUACAUCUUCCCAGACGAGGCAGCUGCUGCGCCCAACCUCAAGCUGCUGGAUGCUGCGCAGCGCUGGAAGCGGCAGAAGGUCAUGCAGAACGGGGACGAGACAUGACAGCACUCUGUUAGAUAGAAGUACUGUGUUGUUUUGAGCUGAUCUUACAUGGUGUGCGUUUCCUCUUGCAAUGAGCUGACAAUGUUGAGGACCAUUGCCAACAUUUUGAUGAGACUCUGGUGAUGCAAUAGUCUACAUCCAAGAU